AAACUACUGGCUAAAUGUUUAGCAGGGAGUAAGUGAAGAGCUGACUGCAGAAAACUCAAGUACUUUUAUUAUGUGUGGUAGUUAAAUCAGUCAGCCAUAGGCUGCACAGUCUUGGAUCAUCAAGUGAAGAAAUUUGAGGAUUAAAUCACUCAGGAUGUGCUGGGGAGCUAUCAGAUGAGUUGAAAUACCACUGGUAUUGACCUGUCAGUGGCUACAGCUAGUAUCCUGGGCUUCCUUGUGGUGAAUGCAUUGGGGUUUAGUGCAGGUUGUGGACUGCACUAUGGCUCACUGGAAACCUGUCGCAAACCUGAGGAGCCAAAUUAUACACCAUCCACCUGUGACUGUGUUUUUUGUGUGCCUGCUGCUCCUGGCUGGAGCCUUCAUUAGCAUUGGGCUGUACUCACGGAACCAUGACAUCAAGAACCCAGACAUUUACAUGGACUGGAAUCGGAUGCUGGUCUCUCUUGCAGAUUGGAAGUUCUGCACACAUUUAAACGACACAGAUCUUUUAAAUUUUAAGCCGGAUAUGAUCUCGCCGCCGCUGUUAGAUCAUGCUGAUGUAUUGAUCAAAAACACGCAACAAAAAAGUGAAGAUGUUAUUACCAUGUUUCUGCUAGUGCCUCUCAUCCAUGUUGGAGAUGACCUUGAUCACAAGAACAUUCGUGCCACAUUACUGGGGAGCCAGUUAGACAUGAAAGGUUCUGCUGGGAAACAGUCAUUAAAUAUAUCGCUGUUCUUGGAUCUACAGACUUGUAUGUCGGGCACUGAUUCUGAAAGUAUCCAAAAGCCUUCUAACAAGCAAUCCAAGCCCCCGUCUUCCAGUUCUUGUCUGAAGAUUACUGCUCCACGUUACGUUCUGCCUCACACUCCGCCUCCACCACAGUGUCCUUGUAAUAAAAAGCUGGAGAACGACAUGUCUCCUGUAAGGGCACAUGCUGUAGAAUCAUAUACGAGCUCUAAUUCACUGCCAUGCCUCAGCUUGAAGUUCACUCCUGACCCCAAACUGACUGUCCUGCUCACUCAGGAUGAAAAAGCUCUUGCUAGAUAUCACCUGCUGUUGGUCAGCAUUGUGCUGUUGAUUCUCUGCAUCAUGAUGUGUCUUUUUGGAACUCUUACCUGCUCCAAAUCACGCCGUCACCUUGUAAACGAUCCUCAAAAGGAAACUCUGCUGGAGUGAAGAGGAUGAGAGCUGCAUCAAGAGUAGUGCAGAAGGUUUAUCAAUCCUGAAGAAGUCUAUUUAUGUUAAACAUCUGUGAACAAAAUACCAAGUGUCUUUGGAUUUGCUGUGAAGCACAUGUAAUAUAAAAUCUUCUAUGGGGUGUGUUUUGUGAUCAGUUUACCUGUUCAGUCUUCUCUGUUAGGUGUGCAAAGUGAAAGUAAUGUGGUGUUUUGUUUUGUUUUUUGUAAAAUUAGGAUUAAGUAGUUUUGAACAGAAGUUACAGAUUUACACCACAUGCAUUUUGGUUAUGUUCACACCUUAGUGCUCAAAUUGGAUUUUUUUUUUUUGUUGUUUGGCUGUUCACAUUUUAAAAAUUAUGUGGCCAAAAUCAGACGCCAGUGUGAACUGGUCAUGGUCCUGAACUGAUCUGCAUGUGCAAAAGAACAGACAUCUUAUGCAGUACACUGUUAUAUAGAAGUAAACCUGGAGGCCACUGAA